UAAAAAGUCAAAAAAGGUGAUGAUGACUUAUUAACACCAAAAUUCUCUCUCCCCAAGCUAGGAUCUAAUAGUAGUAGUAGUAGCUGACAGUAAGAAAAUAGAGUGGCUUUCUCUUUGCUUAUAUGCAGUGUUCGAGGGGAGAAGCCCUGUAGCUUCCUUUGUCUCCAUUAACUUCUCUGCCAUAAAUAUAUAGCUUCUUCUGCGACAUCACUAAAAGGGGUCGUUGCCUCAUUGAAAGACAUUACUUGUAAAAUAGGAAGUGAGUGAAGAAGAGAAUAUGGAGGUUGGGGAUGGAAGUAGAAUAUGCAGAGAGAAUGGAGCAGAUGAAAGAGGGAAGUCACAAAGCAGCAGAAGAUCAGCAGUGGUGAGAGCUGCAAGUUUUAAAAAGGUUCAAGUAGUGUAUUAUUUAUCAAGAAAUGGACAACUUGAACAUCCUCAUUACAUGGAAGUCACUCAUCUUGCUCAUCAACACCUUCGCUUGAAAGAUGUAAUUGAUAGGCUUACUGUAUUGAGAGGUAGAGGCAUGCCUUCACUCUAUUCUUGGUCUUGUAAAAGGAGCUACAAAAAUGGGUAUGUGUGGAAUGACUUGGCUGAAUACGAUAUCAUCUGCCCCAUUGAAGGAGCUGAAUAUGUUCUUAAAGGAUCUGAAAUUCUCCAAGGUUCCACAGAGAGUCCACAGUUGAUGAGAAAUACCCAAGUUCAAGACUCGAGCAAUUUCUUGCCAAAACGUAAAUCAGGCGGCUCAAAACAACAUGCAGAUGAGCCAGAAAUUGCUCAGAACAACCACAAUUACAUAGAUGAUAAUGAAGAUGAAUUAUAUGAAGAGAAAUCAAGUUAUACUAGCUCAACUACACCCAAUUCCACUUGCUCUAGAGGUGUUUGUACUGAUGAUCAGAACGAGUUAACUCGGAAAAAUCCUACCAAGUUAUCUCCUCCCUCAGCAACUUCCUCGUCGAUCUCAGACAUGCCUAAUAACAACGCAUGCACCACCAUUUCCAAAAGGUUCGAAGACGGUGACCCCGUGGCUGCCACGGGGUCAUUAAUGACUCGUAACUCAGUGCUCUUCCAAUUCAUCUCCUGUGGCGGCUCAAUGCCGUUUAAAGUGAAGGAUGCUGAGACUCAACACCCUUCGCUCAAUGUGAAGCAACAGAAACUUCCACCACUGCCAUCGCCCCCAUCUACAGUUGUGCCAAGGAAGAGUAGUAGUAGUAGCUGUGCUAGUUUUCAUAAACGAGUAUUGUGCAAGGCGGCAGAGGCGGAGGUGGAAGAGAUAAAAUACAUGUCUGAGAAUCCACGAUUUGGGAAUUUACAGUCGGCGGAGAAGGAGUAUUUUAGCGGGAGCAUUGUUGAAUCAAUGACGACGGAGGAGAGAACAGCUGCUCAAGUUGAUCCACAAUUGAAGAAAUCAUCUUCCUACAACGAAGAGAGGAGCUCAAAUGCAGAGCUGGGAGAAGUAGCAGCAGAAGAGGAGGAAUUAAAGAAGGAAAAGGCGGGAGUAAAAGGAAAAUGCAUCCCAAGGAAAAAGUCUUCUAAACACUCCAAAAGUUGACCUUGUUCUGUUCUUGGGACUUUACUAGCAACUUAGCUAACACUACUGCUUUAGACUUUAGCUCCUCAACACAAUUGUUUCAAUCUAGGAUUUGUUAUUGAACUCUACUUGAUCUGUAAAUCAACAACCUAAGUUUAUUAGGCAGCUUUGUUUGUUUUUUUGAUAAAA